CUGCAGCCCGGCCGGGUUCCUGUUCUACACCCACCCCAAUGGUAUCAGAAUGUCUUCUGGACUGCUUGGUGAUAAAAAACAUUAGAAAACAAGACUAGCAUCUGUCAAAUGGGGUUCCCUCUCCAUUUCUCUCUACACACCUUUCCUUUUGGGGGAGAAGAAGCAAAGAAUAGUAUGAAAAGUGCAAAAUGUUUCAAAUUCCUGUUCAAAACCUUGAUAACAUAAGGAAGGCUCGAAAAAAGGUGAAGGACAUUCUUGUGGAUCUUGGGCUUGACAACUGCAGGGAACUGUUGAAGAAUCUUAAAAGUUUUGAUGCAGGUGAAAGCUACUUUCGUAACACUUCAUGGAGUGAUGUCUCUCCUUGGGAGCCUGUGGGCAGAAGGAAGAGAUACAGAACCAAGCCGUACUGCUGUAGCUUAUGCAAGUUCUCAUCCAAAUUGCUCACUUCUUUCAAGAAUCACUUGCAUCGUUGCCAUGAGGACGAAAUUGACCAAGAGAUGGUGGUUUCUUGCCCAAAAUGUACAUUUUCUUCUCAUCCCAAAGUAGUGGGAGAACACGUCUGGAUGUUUCAUUCCUCUAAUAAACGAAUACAGAACUAUACAGUCAGCAUUUUGGAUGGCAUGAAACAAUUUAGGAGUGACAUCAUAAACUUCACAUGUCUAAAAUGUCAAUUCACAGACACCUUGUAUUACAAUAUGAAGAGACAUGUGCUGAUGAACCAUUUUGAAAACUUAUUAAGUGUAUAUUUCGGUGAGAAAUGUGAUGAAAGCACACCAAAUUCAUUUGAGUUCUACUGUAAAAAAUGUAAUGCUCCUGCAAACAACCCAGAUUCUUUGAUGUACCAUGUAUUGACAGCUGAAACACACAGAGACCUGGAGAACAAACUUCGAUCUCUGAUUUCAGAACGUCUUAAGAAACCUGGAUUUGUGAAACAAAUGUAUAUUGCUCCAAAGCCUGUCUCAAGUGUAGCAGCAGCCGCUCCAUCUGCAGGACCUGCUGCUGUCCCAACAGGUGCUGUGACAGCUCCGUCUUGCAUCCAGGUUGCAUUUCCACAGAAUAAUCAAAACCAGAGCAUGGUGCAGACACAAGCAGUUCAGAACACAGUCGGACCAGUGACUGUCCCAAGUGCCUCUGGCAGCCUCCCACAAACCACUUGUGCUUCUGCCGCUAUGUCCUUGCAAGUUGCUCUUGUGCCCAGCAAUCCUCCCGUGGCUCAGAACAACCUUGGUAUUCAGCCAUCACCUUCACAGCCCGUUGUUGUUUCCCAUGGGCUCCCUCUUAAUCAUUCUGUUGGGACUAUAAAUAGAACUGUGGCCCCUGCAGUUCUUCCUCUUAAUCAGCCAGUGAGGCCUGGGCUCUUUCCUGUUAAUCAACCUAUUGGUACCAUAAACAGUCCAGUUCCAACUGGAACACUCCCUGCUACUCAGCCUGUCAGCCCUGUGAAUCAACCAGUUGCACCAGGAGUCCUCCCUGUGAAUCAGCCAGUUGCUCCAGGAAUUCUGUCUGUCAGCCAGUCACUACCUGUGACACAGACAGUUGGGUCGGGUCUUCUCCAGCUUAACCAGCCUGUUGCCUCUGGGGUGGUUCCUGUCACACAGCCUGUUGGACCUGGGUUUCUUCAGCUUAAUCAACCUGUUGCCCCAGCAGUUAUCCCAGUAAAUCAGCCAGUUCAGCCUCCAGUUUCUCAAAGUACGGCUUUUUUGACUGCGGGCUCUAUACUGAGGCAGUUGAUUCCCACUGGCAAGCAGGUUAAUGGGAUACCUACUUUCACGCUGGUCCCCGUCUCAGUCACUUUGCCUGUACCUCCUGGCGGUGGAGUAGCGACUGUGACACCUCCACAGGUGCCUGUCCAGCUCAUGCAGUCGGGGUCAGUGGCUCAGCUGUCCCAGUCACCAGCCAAUGCUCCCUCUCCUCCCCUGGUUUCGACCUCUGAGAAUGUAUCCUUACAGGCCUCCCCGCCUGCUCCUGAAACAAGCCAGGCCGUCAGACAGGCCAAGCAGUGGAAGACCUGCCCUGUUUGUAAUGAGCUUUUCCCGUCAAAUGUCUAUGAGGUGCACAUGGAGGUGGCCCACAAACCUUGUGAAAUAAAAGUAGAAACCCCAGAACCUCACAAACUUGCAGCUUGCGCACCUUUUCUGAGGAUGACAGAAAAGGCGAUCCGGUGUUACGCUUGUAAAUGUUUUCUCUGUGAGGAAGAGCUCAUGAAGCAUAUCUUCAUGCAUGGCUUAUCUUGCUUGUUUUGCACAGGUACUUUCUAUGACUUAAAAAGCCUUGUGGAGCACAACAAAACUGCACACAAUGGGAGAAAGCAGUUGCAUGCAAGUUACAGCAACAGAGGAAUUCAGCUUGGUAAUGAUGCUCAGGGUGGCCUUGUGUUUCCACACUUCGAUUUCAACACAGUGCUACCAGACGAAGACAUGGGUGAAAAGGAAGUACAUUUGGCAGUUCUUGUUGGAGUAUAUUCAACAAUUCUUGUCCCUGUUUACAUCAAAGUGAAACCUCAGACAGCGCAAGUGAACAGGAGAUGCACCAGAAAAAUGUUCACCUGUCCCUUUUGCUUAGGUACGUUUGCUGGUAGAGAAACCUAUGAAAAGCAUUUGAAAGAGAGGCAUCAUAUAAUGCCGACUGUGCAUACGAUUUUAAAGUCUCCUGCUUUCAAGUGCAUCCACUGUUGUGGUGUGUACCCUGGAAAUAUGACUCUGACAGCCAUUGCUGUACAUUUGCUCCGUUGUAGAAGUGCUCCCAAAGACACCAACUCGAGCCUGAAGAUGCAGCUUGAGCGCACUGAGAGGAAAGAGCUGCUGUUUCUGAAUGGUGAGAAGCAUAUUUCUGUGUUACUGAAAAGAAAGCAAUCAGAUUCCUGCUUUGUUACAGAAGACCAAAGGAAUAAGGAACAGCAGCCUCUGGGCUUAAGUACUGGCAUAGCUCUGUCUCCAGAGAACGAAGUGAAUUCAGGGGUGGUGCCUUUCAAACGACAAAAAAUUAGGACUGAGAUGAGGAAGGUUCCUUCUAGUGAGGAUUUCCGCUUUCUAGCGGUAGAUCCUAAUCAUUAUGAUCACAAUUCAUAUGAGGCACAGAGACAGUUUUUGUCAGACUACUUUCACAAGAGGCCAUAUCCUUCUAAAAAAGAGGUGGAAUUGCUUUCCUUGCUGCUAUAUGCGUGGAAAAUUGAUGUUGCAUCAUUCUUUGGAAAAAUGAGAAAUAGAUGCUUAAGGUCGAUAAAACGUCACAGACCGUCUGUGCUGAUGGGUUUCAGUAUGUCUGAACUAAAAAACAUUAAGCACAGUUUGAAUUUAAAAGAUGGACCAUUGGAUGUGUAACCCAGCUUUUUAUAAUAGCUAAAAGCAAUCCAUAAUUGCUUACUUACAAUUUAGCAGUUUAUUAUAUUGUUUAACUUGCAGACUGGCCUGUUGAAGGGUGCAGUAAUACAAAAAAUAUCAUUCACUUGUGACUGUUAUUGUGAAAGGCACACGUAGUUGUGUAUUUUGAAAGCUAAAACCUUCAGACUUAAACAUCUGGAAUUUGUUUUAGCUUUUAGCUUUUUACCUUCCUUGGGGGUAGUGUUGUGAGUUGGGUUUGGUUUUUUUUUUUUUUGUGAUUUUUACUUUUUGGGGGGAGGAUUGUUUUGUUGUUUUGUUUUGUUCCAUUUCUUUUUCUUCCCCUCCAGGAUCCCAUUGCAUUUUUUAUACCACCAUGUAAAACCCGUGUCCUUAUUAAAACCAAAUUUUAUUUUAUUUUAUUUUUCUGCAGUGUCAGCUUUUCUAAGUAAUGAAAUGUGUAAUGGUGGUUAAAAUAACAAGAUGAACUAUGUGAAAAAGGUGUAUUUGAUUAUUUGUAUUUUUAAGUCCUGAUACUUUUGAACUAUUUCUGGUUUAUCUACUAAAGAAGUGAUUGCAGCCAUUACAUCCAUUGCCCCUUCAAAUUCCCAGUGCACUGUUAGCAGUGAAAUACAUGGCAUUGUGGUUUUUUCCUCAGUCAGAAUACCUGUGCCUGUUAAGUCUGGUGAUCUGUAGUUCCUGCUGAGUAUUGACAUGGUGAGGACUGAGGGGCUUUUGGGUGCCCACUGAAGUGUUACAGUGAACUGACUUGAAAUGGUUGUGUUACCUGUUAAAUAGAUCUUGCUAACCAGAAGUGUUUAUCCUUUUCAUUAGGUGUUGAGGCCUGGUUGUUUAUCUAUUGUUCAAAGCUUGGCAGCAGCACUUACUUUAUUUUCUUUUUCAAAAAACAAAGCUGCUUUGGAGAGUGUCAGAUUGCUUUGAUACAUGGAGUAUAUGACCUCUGUGCAUAUGUGUAGAAGCCCUAUCCAAGUAUCACCCAAAUUUGGUGAAAAGUCUGACAUUUUAAAUUGCUGUUUUAUGAGGUAGUAACUGAGCAGAGCCUACUCCCCAGCAAAUCAGAUCCCUGGCCUGAAGUCUCUUGGGUCAGAAAUGGUACAAACUAAGCCUGGAUGGAUUGGUAGCAUCAAGACUUUAAGCUGUUGAGUACAUGAGCCAGUGAUACUCAUGUAGUGGUUGGUGCUUGUUGGCCUUCAGAGGGCAUCACAAUAGUAUAAAAACCAAACAGAUUUACCUUGAGUAUGGACUAACAUCUUUGUUGCAGAUUACAGAAAAGCUGUUGGGAAGGUUCACUUGAAUUGAAGCACAACCUGGUGGCCACAUUGAGGCCUUAUUGAGUACUGUCCUUUCUGGAUAUGCUUGUUUUCAUCUGGCUUGUCAAAGAGUGCCUCCAAUAUCAACAGCCAGUUACAUAAUAAAUAACCUGUAACAUGCAUUGGGUUUAUUUCCUCCUUUUCAUCCCCCUCUCCCCACCCUUCUUUCUAAGAAGAAAAAAAUUAGAGUUCACUUGUGCCAGUGAUAGAAGGAAAGGGUGGUAUGCCCAAGUUUACUUCUAUUUUUUAAGGUAGUAAGUAGACUUUUGCCCUGUGCCAUAGUUUUCAAAGCAGAUACAGAAUGUUUUAUUGCUAUUUCUGAAAGGGUGUGACAUUUUUAACAGCAUUUGGUGACUUCCUGCCUGAGGUUCUAUACGCUGUUUGGAGUUAUAUUUUGGAUAAAAUCUUAAUAUUUUCAUAUUGAUUGCUUCAAAGACUUUUAAUGUGUAUGUAACAUAUGGUUACUUAGAGAGAACCUGCAAUUUGGAAAAACCUAGUAAUUUAAUAGCGGUGUUAAACAGUAUUUAUGGGAUCAAUUCUGUGCCCCACCUCAAAAAGUGAUUGAGAAACAAUGUGUUCUUAUGGCCUCAUAAUAGCUCAUUAAAAAUUAAAAAGUAAAAUAUACUUGGCCAUAGCACAGAGUUCAUGAAACCUGUUCAGAGGGCUUUGGGUGAGGAAGAGAGAUGCGCUCUAGAAGUCCUGAAAUGUGAGCACUUACUCUUGCUCUUACAGCCCCUGCCCUGUGAGCCCUGUCUUCUUUGGGGUAGUUCUGCUGGUCCUGGUGAGACUCUAGCAUGGGGGAGUUUGGCAGUGUGCAUCUGGGGAAGGCUUGCCGUGAAUGGGGGAAGAUUGUGGAGAGAACAACGUGGCUGUGGGGAGCUGGGAAGUCAUUUCGUGGUUCAUCCGUGCUUGGGGGACCGAGGGAACAAUCCCGUCUUUCCAGAGUUUUCCUACAUAGUGUCCAGUGUUGAUGUUAAACAUUUUAUUUAUUGGAUUUUAUUUCACAGUUUCAAAUAAACCAGAUUUUUAACUUU